CGCAUCUGCCGGUCGGCCACCCGCAUUCGAAGCCCUGUGCUGCACGUCGGAACGAGCAAGUAAAUCGAUCGAAUGCGUGGCGCUGUCACAGUCCCGUCACACCUUUUAACAGCCCAAAUUGGCGGUUGACGCCUUGCAGCUGAACAGCAGCGCAGUGUUCCGUAAUUCCGGGAAAAUCUACACUGUGCCGGGCCCGGCGCCUGUUUGCCACGGCCACCCAUGACUUCCCCAUUAGAACCGGUCGCAUCCCGACCCUCUUCGGGCGUCGCCUUUCCUCCGCAAAGGAUGCCGUCGCGGUCGAGGACACAGAGCAUAUCCAGCGACCGGCCGUCGACCGUCGCACAUAGCCUGAUGUCGCCUCCGCUGUCAGUGUCACCCGAACCGGCCUUCAUCGCCUCAUCGGCCGCCUCGCAAAUUGUCACCAACGACCACGACAGCCAUGCCGAAACAUGGUACGACCAGCAUGGCAUCGAGCCGUCGGGCGAGGCCGCUACCGUGUCGCCCGCCGCAUUACAGUUGAUCAACAACUUUCUGGAUCAGCUGCUCUUCAACUUCCUCUGCGUUUCGCGCGCCACUACGCUCUCCGCCCUGCGCCCGGCCGUGGCCGAGGUGCUGAAGCCCAAGCUCGCCAAGGACGCCGUCAACCAGGCCGAUGAGGAGUUGAGAGAAUAUCUCGGUGGGGACGAUGAAGAUGGUGGUCACUCGCAGGCUCGCAACGCUGCAUCGCCGUCUGAUUGGGAUCUGGAAUUGGCCUGGAAGAGGACCCGCCUCCGCUGCAUGGUCUAUUCGUCGCUUGGGGACAUGGAAGAAGAGGACGAGGACUACUACAUGGAGCAGGGGCAUCUCAAUACUGGACCAGAUGACCAGCUUUCCGAGGCCGUUUCACCUGCUGUCGCCAUCUUUCUGACAUCCAUCCUGGAAUUUAUGGGCGAACAGGCUCUGAUUGUCGCCGGCCAAGCUGCCUAUCACCGCUUGCGCUCCAAGUAUGACAAGGAGCUCAAGGAAGGUGCGCGGAGCCCCACGGGUGUUGCCGACAAGAUCCUGGUCGAGGACCUCGACAUGGAGCGUGUCGCGCUUGACCGGACGCUGGGCCGGCUGUGGCGGUCGUGGAAAAAGAAGAUCCGGUCGCCCGGCACCAGCUCCAUGGAUCGCCUAGCGAGAUCCUACUCGAGGGAUUCCCUGCACUCAGCGUCUGGCCAUUUGCGCUCGCCUAGCAGUGCCGCCGAGUUCGCAGUUCCGGCCACCGUUCCCGAACCUGACGCGGAGUCCGACGCUAAGCCCGGCGGCGCGGCCGAGCAAGUGCCAAGUGAUUCCCUGGACGAAGAUGCGGAUUCUCGGGAGCCCUUGGAAGACCAUCUGGUUGCUGCUGGCAUCCCUUUACCGCUAGGGCCGAAUGACGUUGCGGAAAUCGAGAUUCCCGGCCUCGCCCCUGCCAGCGACGACGAGGCCGAGGACUUCGACGCGGAAGAGGAAAGCGUGCCGGCUCGUCGAAACAGUAUGACAAUACUGCGAACGAGCGCGACGCGCGACGCGCUGUCGCCCAACCCAUCCCGGCCGCAGGUCGCCCGAAAACGCUCAAGCUCGGUGCCGGCGGUUGCUCGCGCCCGCUUUUUCACGACCGCCGAACCCCAGUCAGAGGAGCCGAGCGAAGUGCGCACGGUGCAAAAUCCUCCGGAGGAUGCCGACUCGGCCGAUAUUGUGACUCCCGUUCCAGCAGCAACGCCAUUGGAAACACCGGCUACCGAGGCCUCCGUUGCCAGAAGUGGAAUCGUAUCUGGCGAAAAGGCCACCGAGGAGGAUGACAUGAAGGACGAAGACGAUGACGAGGUGUCUAUUGAAGAGCCGCGAAUCGUCAGAUCCUCGAGGGUCUCGAUCCUCGGCCGAAGUCCGUCAACAGCGUCCUCCGACCCUGGAAAGCCUGCUUCUAUUAACACGAACCUGCCGGUUCGCACGCCAAGCAUACAUUCCGCGCGCCUGAUCGAAGUAACCAGCCCCCGUAGCCCGGCGGUGGGUUCGCGACGCAACUCGGUCGUCAUUGCGGAGUCAGCUCGCCACUCCAGCCCGUCACACGCUAGUCGCACGGUCACCCCUCCGGUCCCAGAGGAUCAGCCAGAGCAGCACGUCGAUGGCAGCUCAGGUGGCAGGUUGGUUGUCAACCACGGAGCUAGGUCUGGGCUCGCGGCAAGCGUCUCUAUUUCCGAGACUGAAGAGCCUACCGAUAGAGACUAUGCUGUGUCACCGAUCACGCCUGUCACUCCCGCUACUCGAGCAGGAACCAGCCUGCCGACCGUCCCAGAGCCGGUAACAAAGGACCGGUACGAAUCAGCGGGUACGGUUGCAGAGGGACGCGUACCGGAGCCUUCCACGCCCCCGAGAUCCCUCUCGAAAGUUAGCAUAUUACCCGCUACUUCGUCGCCGGUGUCGACUGCGUCGAUAACCAGCGGUACCUUUUUUAUUGAAUCGAUGCCGGUGUUACCGGAGGGGAGAGAAGUCACGGCGUCGCCUCGGUCAGACGGCCAACGGCACCGCUCUUCUCCCGCUGCGCAGCCUCCUGCUGUCCCUGAAAGAAGUGCAGGAAGGCAAGCCGUUGCCAACACGUCGGCCCUGCGCCAACCCGCAGCCAUUGGCCAGGUGUCGGCUGAACGUUCCCGUGCCCGCAGCCCGUCUCAGGGGUCCUCCUCUCGGCCUCGCGAGCCCUCGGCGGGACGGAACCGGCAGCAGCCCUCGUCUGACUCGCCUUCCUCGAUCAAAUUGAAAGCCGUUCGGACCUCGGAAGAGGGGAUGCAAGCUCGUAUCGAUGUCGUACGGAACUUUGAGGAACUCAUCCAGAGCGACCAGACGAUACAGUACACAUUGACUCCUGAGAGCAUGCGCGAUCUAGAGCCCCAAUCCCAGCCGGGCCGGUCGAUCACCGCUGUUAGCCCAGUCGUUUCGGUCAAGGCGCGCAAAAGUGAAGAGGCUCGCCGGAACGGGUCCCGCUCCCGUUCGUCGUCGGUCCCUCGAAAUGACGCGAGAACGCCAACUUCAGCGCCUCGCUCGCCGGGCUCGGGUUCGCAUUCCAUCACUGAUAUGCACCAGGCAAGCCGGAACUUUAGUACCGGCACAGGUAAACAUGGCGGCGUUGUACCUCGAUCGAUUCCCCCGGUGCCGUCGAAACCCCGGGUCACGGCUGGGCCUCAGGCUAGAGAUCCGAGGCUAGCCCGUGAGUCCAUGGCCGAAUUCGCCGAGUUUAUCCGGUCGACUGGUCCUCCUGGCGGUAGCUCCGCUUCCGUUGCUGGAACUGCGGGAUCAGGAAGGGUACGAAAUCCCGGCUCUGUAUCGAACAUCAGUGUCGAGACCGGCCGGAUGUCCACGACGAGCAACCCCAACCGACCGAAGCUUCAACCUCGCGGUGCGGCUGUCGAUCACAAGGACGACAAUUCCGAUUUGAUUGACUUUAUCCGACGUGGACCGCCGAGCAGCACGGGCAACCCGCGUAUUCCGAGGACUGUUGCUCCAUUCCGGACCACUAUGGAUUCGGAUCAAUUGUCUUCUGCGGUUGGGGGCAGAGCCGUGGACGCCCAGCUGAAGGAUAUCGAGUUCAGAAGCAGUCCAGCGUCGACCAACGCUACUGAAUCCUCGGUACCGCCUUCAGUCCAAUCGUCUAUCAACUCCCACAGUGCCUUGCUUGCCAAAAGCAAACCGAUGUCGUAUGAUAAGACGGAGGGCGACAUGCCGAUGCCGACGCGCAAGACUCGCCGCGUCCGUGACCCCUACGCUAUCGAUCUGAGCGACGAAGAGUUUGAAGACGAAGAGGAGCCGGCACCGCUGCCUAAGAGGGCGCAGGAGGAGAGUCUGAUCGAUUUCCUAAACAACUACGCGCCGCCGCCAGAGCCGACUACGCAGCCCUUCAAUAUCAAGCAGACACGGAGCGCGUCGCAGCCAAAGAAGAAGGCCAGUGCGUCAAGCCUAAUGGCUAGAUUUACGAGACGGGAUAGCACGCAUUCAGGCACGUUGGGGCCGGCACGUUCUGCUGGCCCCAAGCUACCGGAGUCUAAGAGCAUCAACAAAGCUACGGGGCCAAAGGGUGGCCACGUACCUAUCCAAGUGAACAUGCCUAGCGCCACGAAUCACGCUCACCCAGCUCGGACCUCAUCCAAGGCGGCGGCCAUGAUGGGUGGCGGACCAGGUGUUCCUGGAGGGCGGGUGCCGAUGAAAAGGUUCGAGCCUCGCGAGCCCGCUUCGAUCUCGAGUCGGGAAACAUCGGACCUGGCCGAUUUUCUGAAAAACUCCGGGCCGCCGCCUGGCGCGACACCGAUGGCGAACCAGUUCCCCGGGCCGGCGGAGAGAGACGAGGCGAACGGUAUCUCCAAGGUGUUUGGGAGGAGGAAGAAGCCUAGUAUUUCCUAAUGCUAUCUCAUGCUACCCAGCCUUGGAUAGCCUCCUCGGCGGUGGCUUUUCGCUUCUUUGUACAUUUUUAAGCCAUCCGUUGUACCUUCUAACUGCAUGUAAUGGAGCGGUGGGAAUAUCUCUCCAGGCAUUUGGGCGAAAAGUUGGGCGGAGGGGAUCCCGCGCGGGACAUUUUCCAAUCAUUUUCCCUCAGCA